AUGGCGGACAGGUUAGGUGAAAACGGGCCCACUGAUUCAGAAGGAAAAGGAGAUGAACGAAGGCCGGUAUCCGGAAGAUCAAAAGGCUCAGCUGAUUCCAAAAAGUCUAUUCAAGAUGCAGUCAGUAAAUUGACCGUUAACGCACUAAAAGAGUUUCGUUUGAGCGAUCCAAGUGAUGUAGACACCGUUGUUACCGGUGCAGAGAGUGAAGGUCUUGUCCCUACCGCAACUUUGACACAGGAUAUUCCAACGUUUGACCCUCGCGGAGCGCUUGGAGCGCAGACAUUGCUUUCUGAGGAUAUCACUGGCAGUGGUGAGGAAGCCAGAGAUGACGAGAUUGAGGGUGAUAUCGGUGAAGAUGGUGAUGAAGGUCUUAGUGAUGAAGAAGAAUCAGGUUCAGAUGGGGAGAGUGAUAUGGUGGUUCUUGAUCCUGACCAUGUAAGUCAAUAUUGUCUUUUGAAGGCUAAAUGUGAUACACAUUCAUUGUAAAUCUUCCAAUAUAACUGUGAUUGGUGUUGUGUUGUUUUUCAGCCUCUUAUGGUCAGAUUCCAAGCUGCAUACAAAUCACAUUUAAUCAGACAGCAGGAAAAAGUUAAUUUGGAGCUAAGAGAAUUGGUAAGUACUUCAAUGAAUAUCUGGAAUGUAAACUGAUUAUUGCUUUGUUUUAUCAUGGUGCUGUUUUAUUUGAUCUGGAUAAAAAACAACAAUGAAAAAUAGCUCAGAGGACAAGAAUGCUGAUCUAUUGAUUAUAAUAGUUUCUUUAUUGGUAACAAAGAUUAUUAUUACUAAUUUAAUGACUCACACUGGGCAUUUCCUCGCAUAAGUGCCCAGGUGCUAAUUUAAAAUUUUGGCUAAAAGGAAGAGUACUUUAAUUUGAAGGGUACUUAUGAGAAGAGGGGUACCAAAUUAAGGAGGGCAUUUGUUGAAAAAAAACUGUUAUCCAGUGCUAAUACCACUGUAUUUAAAGCUUAAAAAGUUAUAAACAAAGUGGCAAGGUUUUCCUUGAUUCCCUAUUAUUUAGGAAAGUGAGUGAGGAGGGGGCUGCCCUUAUUUGAGAGGGGUUCUUGUUUGAUAAUAUUGCCUAAGAGGUUCAUUCGGGUGGGGGGGCAGUUAUUCAAAGAGAAAUGGUAAGUAUUUUUAGGUAUCAAUUAAGUUUUGUUUACCAGUACAAGAACUGUUGUAAAAAAGUUAAUUAAUUUUGUCCUGAAGAAAAUGUGCUCAUGUUAAUGAAAAUGUGUUUAGACUGAAGAUCUCAAAACAAAGAAGCGAGAGAGAGAAGAACUUGGUGUACAGUUAUAUGGCGUACAACAGGAACUUGCCAGGCAGCAAAUGCUCUUGGAGAAGGAACAUGACAAUUUCAGCUCAGAAAAUCAUCUCAGGCAGCAAAGUGAAAAGCUUCUUGAGGAAACUAAAGAGCUUCAUGAUAAGACGGUGAAAGAUGCCGUCCAUCAGCGCAAACAAGGUUUGGAAAGAUGGGUUUUACAGUCAAUUACUUCAUGUUUCUCCCCUCUUGUUGAUGUACACUUUAUUGUAAAAUAGUGAGGAGAAUUUGAUGUUAGAUGAAGAUAUCAACUGCUACUAGAUACACAAAAGUUUGAGUAUUCUCAUAGCUUGUUUGCUGGAUAAUGUACGGAUAUUGUAGGGAGAUGUUAUAUAUAACUUCUGGGGGUUUUAAAUUCUCAACAAUCUCAAUUCUAACAUUAGUAUGCAUGUUCUGCAUACUUUUCCCUAUACAUUUGCAAUACUUCUGACCAGUUGAAUUUGUAUGACAAUCAAGAGUUUCGUAAGAAGGCAAUAUUUUUUCAAGUUCAUUCUUGUGCUCUUGUUGUUUGAUUCAGUGGUGACUCUGCAAGAAGUUAGAUGCUAGUCAAUUUGUGAGGUAAACAUACUGUAUGAAAACAAAACCAUAUUUGAUUCCUGUUUGUAGCUAAGGAGCUUAGAACAGAAGUUGAAAAUCUGGCAGCUCGCUUGCAUUACAUGGAAGAGGCUAAGGAAGAUGUAAGGGCUGACAUUGCUGUCAUGAGAAGAGCAGCUGAGAAAGCAGACACUGAAGUUACCAAAGCAGAAUUAGAGAAGAAAAAACAGGUGUGGUAUUCCCUGAUAAAUAGGUAGAGACAAUACCAGUAAGCCAUCACUGUUCUACAGAGAAUGCUCCCUCUCUGUGUUACCAUGAAUACUCCAUUCCAGUCUAGCCCCACCAGUCAUUCCUACUGAUGCAUACUGGAACCUUAUAUAUUUGCUUUGACCCCUACUGAUGAGUGGGUUAUUCAGCACUUCACAAAUACAAAAUACAGCAUACAAUUGUAUCUAUAUUUACACAUGUAUUCACAAUUACCGUAUUUCUUCACCUAUAAGCCGAUCUCGGCUAUAAGCCGAGACCCUAAAAGUUAAAGACCUUCCAACAGACUCAUGUUGUCCAAAAAAAAGCAAAACCAUCGGCUGUAAGCCAAGAGUGAAAUUCUUGAUUGUAACCGGUCAUUUGAGUGAGUGAACCUCAUGGAAAACAUUGGGAAAUGGAAAAAAGGGAAACAGUGAAAAUGUAAAUACUACCAUGCAACUGCAGAAACACAACAAUACUCAUUGACUGUAACCUGACAAUUGCUUCAAUUGAGUAUCUCUUUUGUCGCUGUUAUUUUUCUCGUUACGCCAAAAGCACACUGCUCCUCGUAUACAACGGCUAAAAGAAUACAAGAUAAAAGUUAUUGCGGAAGCUGAAGCAAAACAACUUGGAAAUCACUCAAGAUUUAUGGACUUUGUGAGUCCAUGGUGCAAUGCUGGAAAAGAGACCAGGCAACUAUUCUUUCUGGCAAGCUUAAGAUGUCUGCAAAACGUGCAGAUAUUGGCUGUUUCACUCCUAAGUAUUCUGAACUAGACGAGAAAGUGAUGGAGUGGUUUUCUCAGCAGAGAGACCAGAUAUUUCAUCCAUAAUGUGAAAUGUGAAGAGUUGAGUGAGAUCGUCUUUCAAUGUGUAGGAAGCAAAGAAUCUGAUUGGUGGCCAAAAAUACGUUUUGUCAUAACAAUUUUAAAGCACACUGCAGUCAUGGAAUUUAAGGUCAUUUCACAUUAACAUUGCAAUUGUACUUGUUUUUUAAUCCCAAAGCCUUGGCUAUAAGCCGAACCCUGUUUCUCGGGAAAAAUCUCCCAAACUUUUGUGUCAAAUACUGUAAAAAUCACUCGGCUAACAGGUGAAGAAAAACAUUAUUAAAUAAAUGAUAUUUUAAAUGGCUGAUUAUACGCAAAUAGGUAAAUGAUCUUUGCUGGAAUUGCUUUUACCUGGAAAGAUUGUUCUCCACCUGUAUAUCAUUCAUGGGUCAAAAUGUUAUUUUUUUCAUUGUGAAUAGAUUCCUUAAUGAGAAAUUAGAACCUACUUUAAUUUGCCUUACUCCCAACAUGUGGCUUUGUAGCUCAGUUUGCAGAAGGGCCAGCUGGUGUCAGGGAGGCACAGGUUCAAAUCCUGCUAAAGCCUCAAAUUUUUUCAGGCUUCUUUUCAUGUAACUGCUUUAAUUGCAGCUUACCUGUAAAGAUCAUUUCUCUACUUCUAAACAUGUAGGUAGUGACUGACAUUGAUUAACAGGCCAGAAAACUUAUAGAUGUUGCUGUGAGGCCUUGAUACACACUAAUUAUUCAGUUAUUUGUCUAACAGCUGCACUAAAUUUUUCCUUUUGGGCAUUUACAUAGGACCUCCUCGUGGACAGAUUAACACAAACAGUAGAUCGGCUGAGGGAGGAAAUUGACAUGUUUGAGACCCAGUGUGCAGCUCAAAUGGAGGAAACUAAAGCAGCUCAAAAAGCUCUCUCAGAGGCUAUUACUGAAAUAGAGGUUAGUAAGAAUUAAAAUUUAUUUUGAAGACACACGCUUUAGUGUACAAAAUGUAAACUAUAUGGAAAAUUCCCCUAUUGGUGGCAUCUUUCACAUCAGUCUCGUCAUUGCCAUCAAUAUUCUCAACAGAUUACAUUAUUGCCUUAAAUACCUGCACUCUUUUCUAGCCAUUGCUUGAGCUUAUCACACAACAAAGCAUGUGAAAGCAUGUGAGCAAAACAAGUCCAAGUGAUGACUAUGGAAAAUAUCAGUGAUCACAAUCUGUGUCAUGGUACUGUGCGUCAAACACUUCUUCCUUUGCAAUUGUUUCGCAUUCAAGAAUAAAAUUGUUUCCUAGAAACUCACAUCAAGAUCCUUGAAAAGUUGUCUGAGUGUCUCAAUCCUUGAGCCUUUAUUCUUAAAAGUUUCAAAGAUUGAUAAUUGAGUUUUGAGUCAAGAUUGUUGACUACUUUUGAGUGAUACUGUAUUGCACAUUUUAACCCUUUCACUCCCAAUAUCUUAUUAAUAUUUCUCCUAACUGUCCACCAUACAUUCCUAUUGAUGUUAGUUAUGAGAAUUUGGUAUUGAAUCAAAUAAGAAUUCCCAAGUGGAUAUUUUCCUUUAUACUCACCACAUUUCUACUUGAUAUUGUAUUGAAUGGAUAUUAUAUUGACAUUGAUACUGUUCCCAUGGAAGUGAAAGGAUUUAAAAAAAUAUAUAUAUAUAUUUAUGUACAGGCUCUUCAGCUGGAAAAAAAGCAGCUAACACAGCAGUGGUACAGCAGUUUAAUUGGAAUGAGGAGACGAGAUGAGGCAUAUGCUGCAAUGCAAGAAGCUCUGAGGUAAAUUUUGUACAUUUACUACACUUCUGUUGAAAUUAAAGGAAUCAUCUCCUGUUUAAGAAAUUACUUUUUUUUCCUUGAUUAUCAUGGCUUCACAUUGGCUCAGCCUUAAAUAGGCUGUGAAUGACUAACAAUACUCAAGCUAUACUUUCUUAGUUAAGUAAUGCCACUAAGAACGACUGUUGCAGUGAAUAGAAUGAAGGACAAACAAUAUUUCAAACUAGUUCCUUCUGUCCUUUUCCAAAUUUUUAUUAUUUAUAAACACCAGCAAGAAAGAGAUAAUUGUCACUCUAUUUGGCAAGUAAUUUACAAAGCAAAAAUAGAAUUCUAGUCUUGCGUUUCCUCAGAAGACAUCAGUAAAUAAGACAAGAAAUGAUCUUGUUAAGCUAACAAGUUAAGAUUGAUGGUGUCUGAAUGACAGCAGUUUUCUUUUGCAUGCCCCCUAGCUGUUUUGACAUGGGUAUAAGCUCAAUCCAGAGGCAGCUUAGUCUUUUUAGCAGCUUUCUUUAUGAUAUUAUGGACUUAAGCUUCAACUUAUUGCCUGGAUAUCUGAACUGCCUGCCAUUUCUGGCUCAUUGCUGCCAUGUUUGUUUCAGGAGUGAUGAGAGAAAUAAGAUGCAGGUCACUCUUUAAUGCCAUAGGGUUAAAUCGCAUUUCACAAACAGCUUUAUCUCUUUUGCUAGUUAACCCUUAUCCCCAAAAUAGAGCAAACUAACAGAUUGUAGCAUUUUGCUAACUACAUCUCUGCAUUUGCCUCUCUUUUUUUUUUUUUUUUAAACAGUCUUCAAAGACAGAGAAUCCAGGCCAUUGAAACAGAGAUUGAAGGCUACAGAAAGUCCAUCAGCAAAGCUCAGGAACAGAAUGAACAGAUCACACUCAUGCAUAACAAGAUUGAAGCUGACAUCACCAUGGUGAAGAAACUGGUUGCAGUGAGCAGGAACAAACAGGAGGUCCUUAAGACUGAAUAUAGUAAAUACUCCAGGACACUCCAUGAAACAGAACAACAACUCAACAGGGCUGAAACUGUAAGUGAGGUUGUAAUCAAUCAAGUAGUAACUGCUGAACAAAUAGAUUUAAUGUUGCUGUACCUCUGUUGACAACAACUGUUUAGAUGACGUUAACCCUUUAAAUCCCAGAAGUGAUCAACAUGAAACUUCUCCCCAUAAUAUCCAUACAAUAUUCAGCAAACAGAUGAUGAGAAUAUUCGGACUUAUCAGAAAGAAGCUGCUAUCUUGAUCUAGCACCAAGUUCUCAUAACUAAUUGACAAGGAAAUGUGUAGCACUAGAGGGGAGAAUUAACAAUCAGAUCUUGGGGGUGAAAGGGUUAAAAUGUGGUAAGAAUGAAAAAAGUGGCACACAAGGUGUAGCUGAGUGGGUCACUGAUGUUCCUGUCACAUUUUGACAUCUUCUGUAAUUCAUUACUGUAUAGAUGGACCCACAGCUACAUGAAAUCUAUUUGUUUAAUAUGACAAGAAAGCAAAAUGUUUUAAAUGAUGACAUAGCAACAUAAGUAAGAACAAAUCAAAGCGUGUGUAUAAUUCAGCCUGUCAUAUGAUGUACAGGUUCAGACAUGCUUUGCGGUAUGACUUUCAAGAUAAGAAUAGACAUAAGCCUAAUGUAGCUGUCCCUUUGUAAGUACGGAAAAAUGUUGCUUGACUGCUGUGGUUAUUUCUCUUGGACCUAAUUAGGAAGUGACACUGAAGGAGAACGAAAUCACAGCAUUAAGAAAACAGAUUGAACGUGAGUUCGGGGAGAAGAUAAAACUAGAAGACAACAUUAUGGAAAAGAUGAGAAGCCAGCUUACAUUGGACAAGGCGGCGCAGUACACUAAGAAGAUGACAGACAAGCUCAGAAGGAGGGCCACAGAACUGGUAACAAUAUUUUUACUACUGAUACAGUUAGGCUCGAAUGAACAGAGUCCGUAAUUGACGGGUGAAUUCUGAAAAAAACCCAUUGUCCUUGUCAUUAACCUAUUUAUCAAGCUAAAUAGAAAUGUUCCACAUUGUUUUGAGUCGUAAUGUUUUGCUAUGGGCAAAAUGACCUUCAAUUCGGAAGAGGGAUGGUCUUCAGUGUUACUUGGUAAAACCUAAAGAUGGCGCCUCAUUGAAUUUUAAAGCUGGUCUUAAAGGUAGCUAUACAUGUACAUAACAAAAGUUCUUUUUUUACACAGCAAUGUAACAGAAAUGAAACUUGUGGGAUUGAUCAACAAAGUCAUCUUAGUCGCGUGUUUAUAGCGUACAUACACACCUGUAUAGCGUAUAUACGCGUCUAACGACCUGCGUCUGUGCAUACAAAAUACGUAUGCGCAGUUAACGCAUAUCUGAGCGGUACUUUAUAACCUGGAAAAGUUAAGCAAGAGGAAUUGAAAUCCUUUCAGACCCAAAGUGAUACAAAACUACUUCAGAUGUGGGAGGAACGAGUUUACUAUUGAACAGCAAUUUACGUUAUGUUGUUCUUCCUUACAGGAAAGUUCCGUUGCUGAAGUUGAGAACGAGAUUUCCAGGGAUAUCUUGGACAUUUCUAACACGACCACUCGUGUUCGUCAACUUCAAGAUGUCAUGGACAACCUGAAUGAAGAGAUUCACCAGAAGAAUGGCACCAUUUCUAAGAUCGAAGGAGAAAUAGUGAAGCGAAACGCUAUUAUUGAACGGAAACAGAGCACUAUUGACCAGUUUAACAAAAAGAUCGAUCAGUUGAGGAGCAAAGACGGGGUACGUCAAUGGAAUUUUAGUUGUUGAAGACGGUUCACAAUUAUUAUACUGCAAAUUUCAAUUGAACAUGGGAAAGUAGUCUAGUUUGCUUUCGUUUAUUGCUUUCUUCUUUGACCGGUCAGUUUACACGAACCGGACUGAUAACUCUUCACUUGACUUUGAUGAUGACUUACGCUUUGGUUGUCGAAAAGUCAGUUACCCAGUACUACCGACAACAGUCUUUCUCAGGACUGUUUUUCUGCUUUUUGAUUGAAAGAAAAAGACAUAAAUUUCUAAAAAAAAUAGUAUGCUAAACUAAAAUCAGUUUCAAUUUGAAGUGUUGACCAACGUUUUCCCGCGCUUCUAGUUUUUACGUAAGUUCCCAUUAGCUCUUACAGAUAUUUUCUUUUGUGCUGAUUGUCUUGUGAUCAAUUUGAUUUGGGUUUGACGAUGCUCAAUCGAAAUGCGCACCAGAAUUCGGGAGUUUGUGAGAUGUGCGUUGCUGCGCUCUGACUGGUUUAGAAACUGAACUACAUCACCCUUUCAACGAAUCAGAUGCAAAACUAAAACCACUCGCAACUCAAUGGUUUUCCGCCUUGAAGUCUUUAGAAUGUAUUGACUUUCGUUUCUCUUUGGCUGGUUGAGAUAUUUUCCUUUGUUCCGAUUGGGCACUGCAAUUACUUUGGUUUCGUUACCACUGCACUCAAUCGAAAUACGCUCUAAUGAGGAAAGUUUCCUUUGUCAUUGUUAGGGAGAGGAAAUAGGACCUUUGGAGUUACAGAUCCACACGUUACAAAAGCAGAUCGAAGCCCGCCUCAAUGAAAUUACUGAACUACAGCAGUUUUGGCUGAGAAAUCAAAGUGAAUUGGUGAAGACCUUAAAGGAUGUACAGAAACAAUCUGAAGACAUGGAGUACUUUAAGAAACAGUACACCAUAUUACUGCAAAAGAAACUCAGGAUCGAAGGUAAGUAGAGAAGUUACAGACGAUGCGGAUCAAAGUACUUGUCGCGUUUAAUGACUCUCCUUUACUCCUCUUUGUUUCUCUGUUAAUCCUUUCACUCCCAAGAUCUAACUAGUAAUUCUCCUUACUCUCUGCCAUACUAUUCUUAUGAUGUUAGUUCAGAGAAUUUGGUAUUGGAUCAACUAAUAAUCCCAUAAUUAACAUAUUCUUCUCUAUUCUCAUCACCUACCUGCUUGAUAUUAUAUUGAUAUUGUAAGGAGAAAUUCUGUCUUGGUCACUUAUGGGAGUGAAAGGGUUAACAGUCUUUUGCCUUUGACCUAAAAACGACAAAUUUAUUGAGUCUUAAUGAUCGUAAAUUAGCAAAUGGCUACUUAGUGAAUUGAAGCUUGCUGAACAACAAUUUUCCGAUAAACGCCGAGAAGAUCCACCGUUUACAAGUUGAUUAAGUGAGAUCUUUUACAUCCAUUGAGGAAUCAAUCUUCUUCAAACUAGCUGUCAUUAUCUUCAUGUUUUGUUGACCAGUCUUCGGCUUGAACUGCAGAAUAUUUAUCUCAUUGCUUUUCAAGUCUCUCACUCAUUUUACUUUGAUGAAGCUCACUUUCGGUUGAGAGAAAUGCGAAUUAAUCUCUUUGCGCCGCAUCGGGAGGGGAAUCGAAUCACUCAGUUUCAACUUGCCGAAAAUUGACCCUUUGAGGGGGAACCUUUCACGGGUGUGAAAAUCACCUGAUGAUUUCCCUGAACAGGAUUUGUCGAAAUCGAUUUACUUAACUGAGUUUAUAUUUUUCUGAAUAUAAUUUCUUCUUAGGCGAAAUCAACUCACACAAUAGCGAGAUGCGAGAUAUUGAGCGAAACAUUCGCGGCAUGCAGAAUGACAUGACGAAGCUAAAUACUCUGAUCACCCAGGAAAGUGGCCUGAGAGAGGCCUUACGGCAAGGAACAGUGUUGAUGGAGAGCGACUUUAUUCAGGCGCUUAAGGUAACUCACUAUUCCAAUUAUGAUAGAUAGGUAAGCCGGUGUGGCCGCAGAGACUCCCACGCGGGUGCUUAAAAGGUGCGUGCGUGGGAGUUUUGCGUGGAAAAAGUUCCUUUACUUUUACGAUACAACUUUAGUCAUUUCGAUACAAGCAAGUGCAGGAUACAUUUUGAUGUUUUCAACUGUCUACCAGCCUGAUAAGGGGAGUUAAACAUACCUUGCCAGGAGGUGUAUCGAAUCGACUUCAGUUUGUAUUUAUACGACUUUAUAUCGAAACGACCUGCGCGUAAGCCUUCGCGUUCAUUGCAGCCAAAAGUAUACAACUUCGUGUCAGAAACUGUAUUAUUAUUUACGUAAGUUGAGCGUUCCUUAGUAUAGAGACUUACAUUGAUCCUAAGAUCGAUGUGACAUUAAAUGACUUCCUUCGAUUCUCACUUAGCAACGACCAAUAGGAUUAUUCACUACUUUAGUAUAAAAUAAAGAAUUUUCUCGGUCUCGAUCAGAGAGCAAUUUUAUACACCUAUUGUAGGACGAGUAUAAGUGAGCAUAUUAAAACUCAGUCAGGUACACUAGUAAUGAAUGUGAUCCGUCCACAUCCCUUACCAGAGGGACAUGUUUGUAAAACUCGAACGUAUCUUUAUGCUUGUUACGUAGCAAACGGAUUUAUCGCCGUACUCUGAGUAUAGUUCACGUAGGAUUUUUAUCCAGCCCUGAUGAUCGAGCCCUUUUAUUUAUUAUUUUCUUGAUUAACAGCCCUUAAAUGGUACAGCUUGGGCAUGCACAAUUACCUGUAUUGCUCGGCGUUACACUUAAAAACCUAACUGAUGAAUUGCUCUGCUGUGGAUAUAUACGAAGCGCAUUUGACUCAAUGUUUACGUUACAGGAAGCCGAAGGGGAAUCCAUCAACAUGCAAAAUCAAAUUGAUGCGCUGAAGGAGGAGAAAGAAAGGCUGCUCAAUAGUUUGGUGGAGGCGGAGUAAGUAAACAUUAUUGUGCUAGUUUUUUUUGCGUGUCGGCGUUAUGCCUUGUGUGAUCACGGAACAUCUAGGGAAGAGCAGUGUUAGAAGCAGCGUAGAAAAUGUCACGCUACGUUGCUGUUGGACUGGCGGGGAUGAUAAAACUAGGAGGAACGCGAUGAAUUAUCAAAAGUUAGGCAUCAAGCGUUGUUUGCUCCCGUUAUGUCCUUAAAAAAAUGUGUUUAUAUCUCUUGCUUUCCUUUUGUCUGGCUUUGAUUGUCAACUUUUUUCUGUGUAAAUUUAAUUUACUCUUACCCUUUACUCAGACGUCAAAUCAUGUUGUGGGAGAAAAAGACGCAACUGGCCCGUGAAGCGAAGAACGCUGUUGACAUGGAGUACGGUCAAGGAGAGAUUAAGUCAAUGAAAGCAGAAAUUCAUAGAAUGCAGGUCAGUCAGUCAAUUUGGUGAAGUUGUAGGUGGGUUCUUUAUGAAGUUCUGUUUAGGGAUGAGAGUCAGGCGUUGGGUUUUUUUGCCCGAUGGCAAAAUUUUGCAGCAUCUAUACGCGUGUUACCAUGAAGGACAAAAAUGCUGCUAACUACGCAGGUUACGCUCCUACAGACAGGGUUUUAGAAAUAAAUUUGCGUUUCGUGGUAGCUUACGUGGCAGUAUCUUCCCUUUAGUGAAACGUGAAACGUGAAACGUGAGCUGAAUGGGAGUGACGCGAAGUCAGGGGGCGAAAGGGAACAAAAAUCAGUAUUAAGAGUUCCUUUAAUUAACUCCACUUCCUAGCUUCCUGGUCGUCUUUCUUUAAAAUUAAACCGGUGCUCUGAUCAUAUCAUUAAUCGUACAUCCAAUGCAAUUUAGAGCUGGGGAAGAGACAGAAUCAGGAAAAGAAAUUUACUGUUUGUUAUCGAGGUUGUCAGGUCUCAUUGGCUAAUAGGUUAUGUUUGUUUGUAGGUUCGUUACUCGCAGCUAAUGAGACAACAGGAAAAGAUGAUUCAAGACAUGGAGAAGUCUGUUGGACGCAGGGAAGUUAUUAUUACUCGGUAAGUGAUUCCCAUGAUACCAGUUACAGAUGGAUAUCUUGAUGGUUGUUUAGGAUAUUUUAAUUGGGUUUUCGUAACACCACGACCAAAGGGAUUACAAUAGCGCCACAGGCAACCUAAGCUCAGAAUGCGAAACACGCUGAUAUACUUGUCUUGAGUAAGGACACCGAAAGAAAAUUCAACCUUGAACUUUCAUAGAACACAAAUUGCAUCCAAACUACCUAUGAUGUUAGUGAUCUCUGUUUGUUCAUUCGUAGUUAUACCACAGGAUACUGGACUAAAAUACCAAUUUUCCGCACAGCCUCUUUGAUGCGUUAAACUACCGGCAGUCCCUCUUUUUGGGCGCAGUCCGUCGCGCGAGUCAACAAAAAAAAUCAGUUGAUUAACCCUUUAACUCCCAUGAGUGACCAUGACAGAAUUUCUCCUUACAAUAUCAAUACAAUACCAACCAGAUGAGUGAGGAGAAAUAUCACUUUGGGGAUAAUAAGUUGAUCCAAUACUAAAUUUUCUAAACUAACAUUAAAGAAUUUGUAUGUUUGACAGUAAGGAGAAUGACAAAUUUGAUCAGGGGGUUAAAAGGUUAACAGUAUCGUUUAUUGUAUUUAUUAAUUGAUCGCAUUCUGCGUUAGGGCUGUUUGUACGGACUUUUCACUGAGAAAACUUUCCAUAAAUUUAUUUUACCGAUGUAAUUUUCUUUUUGUUAUCAGUGGAGAUGCUCAAGCAAAGAUGGGUAAGGUUUCAAACACUAAAGGCACUUUCCAAAAGAAACUCGCCGAGAUGAAGAAGAAAAUCAAGCAGACAAACCAAGACGCUAAUGCCUGUGAUACUGGUAAAUAAACGAACUAACGCGUGAUAGUGUAGUCCUCUGUUCUACCAGGAGCUUACUUUUUCAAGGGUGUUGAAUUCAAUCAUCGCAAGAAUGUGACAGUGGAAAAAAUCAGAGGUGGAUCUACUACGAAGGAACAAGGAAUGCUCUGGCGAAGGCCUAACGCUCGAAACUUCAGCUUUAGAAACCCCUUUACGGUGGUUAAUCACACUAUCAAUUUAGUUGAUACUAUCUUGUUCUACCCCCACUGACGCAGAACCACAGUUUCUUUACAAAGUUACCGUAAUGAUUCGAUUUAGCACCCUCAUUCCAAUAAGCUCCCCUAUUCCAAUACACGCCCCUAUUCUGUUUCAGUGAUAGCACUGUUAGAUUGUAUGAACAUCGAGAUUAACCGUGGUCCCUCUUCCUUUAAUCACUCACUUAAAGCCUCACGACAAAAAAAGUGGUCUUCUUCUCUGUCUCUCAACUAUCGUGUCGCCGUGAAUGCACAGUUCCUUCAAACGAAAGAUCCUGUCUUAAAAUUUUGCAAAGAUUGCUUGGCUAGUCGUUCCAGCAAGGAACGAUCCAAGGACAAGUCCGUUUUCCAGUCUUUUUGAUCCACGGUCAAGUAAACAUCAAAGCUUUGUUUCACAUUCUGCUGUUUCUCAAAAAAGAAAUAAGCGCCCUGUUUCAAAUAAGCACCCUUCCUUUAGCUAACAAAAGUAAAUAAGCGCCCUGAGCACUAAAUCGAAUCAUUACGGUACUCCUUUUACUAUGAAGAGGUUGAAUAUGAAGUUGGCAGAAAACGGAAAUUGGAGAAAAUUAAACUUUCUCCUAUCUUCUCUCAACUGUUUUUAUAUAAAUGCGACAAUAUCUUACAAUCUUAUCUUAGAACUUAAAAUAAUAAAUUUUGUUGCUUCAAAGUUUAGUGAAAAAAUUGAGUGAAACCAGAGUUCACAUCUCUCUUUAACUCACUGAAGUGACCUUCUUUAGGCCGACUUCUCAUUUAUCAGAGCUUAAAAGAUCCAAAUAGGAUCGGACUUAAGAUUUCUUACACAAUCUCGACCUGUCUUCAAAAGGUUAUAGGUUCUUUCUCUCCACGCUCGCGUCUUUGUAUUGACUACCGAGUUUCGAAUUGAUCCUGAAUUCUCAACGCAUUUGUUCUUCGUAAUGUUAAUUACUAAGGGUGUUUGUUUUGUGGUUGUUGAUGUUUUUAGAUAUUCAAGUGCUUCGUGAAAAGCAAAUGACCGUGAGUCGUGAUCUGGAAGAGAAACAAACAACAUGUCUACAGCUUCAAACUACUGCCGAUGAACUGGAGGUGCAAAUCGAUACACUGUCGGAAGAGAGACAAAGGGUGAGUAACCUUGUGCCUUUGACCACAAGUGAUCAGUUUUCAACUCCUCUUCGCAACAUCAGCAUAUCGUCCAGAAAUAUAGAAUAUAUACGAGAAAAGUCAGACUUUUUAGCUAGAUUUGACCUCAUUGUUUCCUCUUAUUCUGUCAGAAUCUGGCUGACAUAGUCGCCAAGCAACAGAAGUUAAAGUACUACAACCAGCUAAAGAAUGGACGCUACACUCCGCUGUGCAAAACACCGGAGACGCUAGAGGCUGAACUUCAAAAACAACGAGCUCGUCUCCAGUCCCUUAUGACGAUAGUUGAUCGAUUGAAUCAGGAGUUUCCUCAAGCUCAACCAGCGCUGCGCAAAAUCACCCUGUCUCUAGGCUACAGGGGAAUUCCUGAGGAAGCUGCAGCCUAAUCUCUGCUCACCCCUCCCGUGUAGAAAAUUAUUUAUUCAUUAAUGAUAUUGAGAAUAUGAGUAAAUUUUCUUAAAUAAAAAAACGACUUAAAUUUAAUUGUUCAGAUUUCCAUAGUUUUCAGAACCACGUUUCUCGAUAUCUUUUUCUGCUAGUAUUGCUGUAAAUAAAAGAUAUCAGCACAUUAAACUGAGUCGUGAUUAUUGUACCGACAUC